AUGUAUUAAAUUGAUUAAGAUAUUCUAGUUAGAGAAGUAAUAUAAAUUAGAAAUUCUACAACAGGAACUUAUUUGACUGCUACAGGAUUUAAUACAUAAGAAAAAGGAUUGUUAUUUGGAAGUACUACAAACAUAAAUGAUUAUUAUGUUGUUGGGAGUGAUGAUCCAGAAAAUCAUUAUACACUUUGGACUAUAGUAAAAGUUUUUGAAGACACUAAUAGGAUUAAUUAUGGAGAUAUUAUCUUUUUAAAGAAUCUAAGUACUAAAAUGUAUUUGAUAUAUAAAUUUGAGAAAUAAUCAGAAGUUUCUCAUUAAAUUAGAGUUUCUUUAAAUUAUAAUAGAUAAGAGAAUUAUCCUUUUAUUUUGUAAUAAUAAGGAGAAUAAAUAUUUUAAUCAAAAGAUUAUGCAAUUAAAAAUGGUGUAUAAUUGAAGAUUUAGACUAGAAAGUUAACAAAUUUUCUUUAAACAUCAAAUAAGAAUUAUGCAUCAAAGUAAAUUAAAGAUUAUAAAGAAAUAUCUUGUGGAAAAGAAAAUCAAAAUGAUUAUUGGGAAAUUAUUAAAUUGGAUCCAUAAAAACAAAAACUCUUUGAUAUUAAACCAACAUAAUAAUUGAUAAUGAAUAUUUAAGAAAUCUUUAAUAAUGAUAAAAUAAUAAUUAGAAAUUAUAAAAGUGGAUACUCUUUACAUUCUCAUAACAAUAUGUAUGCUUCUACUGGAUAACAAGAAGUAACAUGUUUUAGUUAUGAGAGAGAUGGUAUUAUUAAUAAUUUAAUUAUAAUAGUUAAUGAUUUAUGGAUGAUAAAAUAAUCUUUUAAUAUGGCCUAAAAUUAAAUCUAAAAUUAAAUGCCAAUUAAUUUGAUUCAUAAAGAAACCAUGAAGUUUUUGUCUAUAGAUGAGAAAAACUUAGCUAAUUCAAAGAAUGGUAAUUAAAUUAGAUGUAUGUAAUCAUCUAUGUAAUAAUCACUAAAUAUUUAAAGUAUUUAUAGAAUUAAUAUUUUAUAGCAAUUGAUAAUUAAUAAUUUAUUGUAGGUAAACCAUUUUUAUUCUUUUAUUAACCAAUGAAUAAAUUUUUAUGUUAAGGACCAUCUUUAUCAGAAAUGCAAACAACUUAAUAUGAAGUCAUUUUAACAGAUUAAUUAACAACUUCUUGCUUAUGGGUUAUUGAAAAAAAAAUUAAAUGA